CAUUAUUUCUCGCUCUCUCUCUCUCUCUCACUUGCGCGACUGAUCCCUCUCGUCCCAAAACGUAAACCCUAGAAAAAUGUCGUCCAGGCUCAAGGAAAGGGGAGGAGCGGGUGGAAAGAUCAUCGCUUGUAAGACCUCAAAAACCCUUCCGCUUCACAAUCGCCAAGAUAAGCCCAGAUCGCAGAGUAUUCCCCUCGCUGCAGCCCAAAAAGAGCUCCCAAGACUCGUCUCAGCCUCUCGAUACUCGAUCCCUCGGUUUGACCAUCAUGGUAAGGAGAAUCCACGCCCCAUCUCUGCUGGUCGUCCAUCUAUGGCCUGCUGCUCCACCGGAAAUGAUAAACCGAGACCCCUCUCAGCCGGCCGGGCUACUGUUGCUCGUUCUGAUAACCCGCUUCCCAAGCAUGCUGAGAAGUCUGUAGCUGCCGUCCUACGCUCUACAUCUUCCCUUUCCAGAGGUAAAGUUGCUGACUUUCAUGGCGAUGCCAUCACUAGAAUUUCUAGCUUCGGGGAAAGGAGAAGCUUUUCUGGAUUUAGGGCUUUUGAUAAGGAACUGGCGGCAAAAGCCCAACUGGGUAAGAACCCUGGUGUAAAGAGUGAGAAAUAUGUGAACUUGAUGAGAGGAGUUACAGAUGGUUGCAAAUCUAAAGGGUGCUUGGGGGCAAAACCUCAGCGGAGUUCUUAUGAGGCUUUAAAGAAAGUUGGUCGCAAAGCUGAAGAACCAUAUAUUGGUCCAUCUGAUUCUCACAACAGUGUCGGUAAAGAUUUUUCUGGUCCUAACAUGGAGCCAGUGGAUAGGAUUGGGAGCAAUGAGGUAGGGGGUUUAGAAAGUCAUGGAGAAAAAGUUUUCUUGGUUGAGGUAAAGCACAUUGAUAAAUGUGGUCAGGGAGAUGAAACAGCGGGAAUUGACAAUGAUGAAGUGAGAAAAGCUCGGAGUUCUAUGACCAUAGAUGUGAAGCCAUUUAACAACUCUGAAAACAAGGGAACGUUGGAUUUGGUCUCUAAAAGCCUCUGCAAGACGGGAGGGGUCUGUGUUGAUAAUACAUCAGUUCAUAUGGAAAAAAAUUGCUUGAAUUCACAGCCAGACGAUAAUGCCAAUGCUUCAAAUGAUUUUGGUAAUUCCCAAGGUGAACUUGCAAACACUUCUUUGAUUCGUGUGCAUCAUAGAAAAGAAGCAGUGCAACUAGAUAUUGAAGCAGUAAAGGCUAAGGGAAAUGAUGGGUUGGGAUCUGUGAAAGAUGCUUGUACUGCUAAUAGAUAUCAGAGCAACCUUCAUGAGAAGCUUGCACUAUUAGAAGGAAAGGUUCAAAAAAUAGCUUUGGAGAUAAAGCAAACCAAAGACAUGUUAGAUAAGAACAAGCCAGGUAAAUCUGGGCUUGUUCUUUCUGAUAUCCAGAAGAAAAUACUUGGUGUUGAAAAAGCUGUGGAUAACAUCAAGGAUGGGGCCAAAUUUGAAAUUCUUUCUUCAUAUUCAGGCAAAUUUGACGAUUGUGGAAUUUCAAAUCUUACAGAGAUACCAAGGAAUUCAUUACCUUCUAUUAAAAGCUCGGAACAUGAAAAACUGGAAGCUAGAUUCUUCCCACAUCACAAGUUAAUGAGGGAACGCAUUUCAUCAGUCAUCUCAGGGGAACAAAUUAAGUGCUGUAAAGUAGCUUAUUCAAGGAUGAAUGGAGCCCAAAAUAUAUCUGAUGGUUUCAAUGAUGAAAACCCCAUUGCGCUAGAGUUUUUGGCUUCUUUAAGAGAAGAACAACCUAAACCUAAAAAGUUUGAUGUAAACGUGCAAUUAACUAAUGGCAUGGCAAACAAAAUGCAACCAGAGAAUACAUCAUCAGGCCAAUGUGAUGCAAGCAGCAUGAUUAGAGGGCAGCAACAGGAGGUUGCACUGGAGUCUAAUGAAAAACUUGAAGAAAUCGGUACUCCCGAGAAUAAUCCUCCGUCAAUGUCAUGCGUAGCUACUGAGGAUUCUACCAUUUAUCAGCUUUCUGAAAUUGGUCAGAAGGUUUCAACUGGAGGAUGGUUUGUUUCUGGAGGAGAAGCUGUUCUUCUUGCUCAUGAUGAUAAUUCUUGCUCCUACUAUGACAUUUCCAACUCUGAGGUGAAGUCUGAAUACAAGGCCCCAGCUGGCUUUCCAACUAAUUUAUGGGGUGAUUGUUGGUUAAUUCGUGCCCCUGGAAUAGAUGGAUGCUCUGGACAAUAUGUUGUUGCAGCAUCAGCAGGAAAUGCAUUAGAGUCUGGAUUUUGUUCCUGGGACUUCUACACAAAAGAUGUUAAAGCUUUUCUAGUUGUUGGGGGAAAGGAUAAUAGUUUCUCAGGCUCAUCAAGUAGAACUGGAUUUACUUCAAUGGCCGCCAGAAGUUCCCUUAGGACAUCAUCAUUAUUGGAAAGUCAAUCUUGUUGGUGCAGGCCAUGUGGACCAUUGUUGAUCUCCACAUUCAGCAGGCAGAAGGUUGUCAAUGCUUAUGAUAUUCGUGAUGGUGAUUUGGUAAUGACAUGGGAAGUGAACAAUCCUGUUGCUGAAAUGGAAUACUCAAGCCCUCUCCAAUGGAGAAACAAGGGGAAGGUGAUCAUAGCAGAAAGGGAAGCCAUUACUCUUUGGGAUGUCAAUUCACUCAAUCCACAGCCAACUCUUUCUGUACCUUUUGUUGGCAAAAAAUUCUAUUCCCUUCAUGUGAAUAACACAGAUGCUGAGAUAGGUGCUGGUGUCCGGCAGAGAGCAAGCUCUACUGAAGUGGAGGGUAAUGACGGUGUUUUAUGCACUCAGGAUGGUGUCAAUGUGUUUGAUUUUAGAAUCCCUUCUGGUGUAGGACUUAAGAUAUCCAGGCAUGGUGGUGAUGGUCUCUCUAUCUUCUCCCGCAGUGACUCCAUUUUUCUUGGGAGCACUGAAGGAAGAUUAUCCGCGAGGAGCAGCAGUCCACGCUCGCUUAUUGAGCAUUUUUCGCUCCGGAAAGGCAGUCUCAUCACCACCUAUAUGAUGCCAGGAUUUAAUUCUCAUUAUCAUCACUCUUCAAUCACUCAGGUUUGGGGAAACUCAGAUUUUGUUAUGGGCAUAUGUGGAAUGGGCCUUUUUGUGUUUGAUGCUUUGAAUGACAGUGGAGACACAGAUGUGGUGAAGGAAACUAUUGGUCCCGAUGAUUUAUUUCGUCCAACAUUUGAUUAUAUGGAGUCAAGAGCACUUGUUAUAUCAAGGGAUCGACCAGCAUUUUGGAAGUAUCUACUAUAGAUUUUGCAACAAUUAGAUUUGUACGUGCAUGUGAUUAUCUUGUAGCAGUUAAUGUAUUUUUAUGUGCUUCAGUUUGAGAGGGAGCAGCUUGCUUCUUCUCUCUAGUCGUAUGAAUGUAAAACUUUAGCCUAUAUUUCAUAUUAUGCAGAAAUUUUGCCUUUUUUUUUCUUUAUGA